AUGGGUUCCAUGGCCAACACCAAUUGGCCACCAUAUAAUGGGUAUAGAGACUGUUCACAAGGCAUAUGUAGCAUGUACUGCCCACAAUGGUGUUACAUCAUAUUCCCACCACCGCCGCCCUUCCAGUCCCAAGAUGACGACGGUUCCGGCAUGAACUUCUCCCCUCUCAUCAUUGUGGUGAUCGGAAUCCUAGCAAGUGCUUUCCUUUUGAUAAGUUACUACACCAUCAUCUCCAAGUAUUGUAAACGGAGAUCGGGACACCAGUUGAAUCCGUCGUCUCAAGAUUCCGACCACCGGAAUCAGUCGUCGACCACCCAUGACCAAUGGCAGCACGCAGCAACUGGGCUAGACGAGUCGCUGAUCAAAUCCAUCGCCGUUUGCCGGUACCGUAAAGGCGACGGAGUGGUGGAAGGAUCUGGAGAUUGUGCGGUAUGUCUUUGCGAGUUUCAAGAAGGUGAGAGUUUAAGACUGUUGCCCAAGUGCAGUCAUGCAUUCCAUCUUCCGUGCAUUGACGCUUGGCUCAGGUCUCAUUCCAAUUGUCCGCUAUGCCGAUCCCAUGUCAUGCCCGGAAUCCCAGUUCCAUUCCGACGACCUCUGGAAUCAGAGAUUACGUCUUCCAAUCUCCACGUGUCUUCCCUUGUGUUCCAAAGGAGGAAUGAUCUUGUUCUUGUUGUGGAAGAGACACCAAGCGGUGAUCAUAGAGAUGAAGCUGUUGUGGUCAACGUCGUCUCAAACGAGAUUUUACCAAAAUACCCUUUUCAUGAUCAACUACAUGUCGAUGGAAUGAGGAUUCCCAUGAACAUGGGAAAUGGAGAUGACCAAGAAAUUAUUAGAAGAUCAACUUCAUUGGGAUCAAUGUCUUGCCAAAAUCCAAAUCUUUUGAUUGCUGAUAUACUAGGGAUUGAUGAAGAGGAUCAUGAUGAUCAUGAUCAUGAUCAUGAUCAUGAUCAUGAUCAUGAUCAUGAACAGGGAGAAAAUAGUAAAUCAACAAUGACAAGUAAAAGAAUGAAGAGAUCUGUUUCCACAGGGAGAUUCAUGUUCACAAAAGGAAAGGAUUCCACUCUACCAAACUGAGGACAGGAUGGUAAUUUCAUAUGUACAAAGAGAGAAUAUGAUCAUUAUACAUGUAGAUGUCCUUACAUUUACAUGUGGAAAUGUUGCUUUAAUCCAUUGAAAAAAAGAGAUGGUAACUUUUUUUCCCCCAUAAGUUAUAUAUUUAUUAGA